AUGCUGUGCCUCCAAUCCAAAGGGUUGAAUUCAGGCGUGACGUCGCCCAAUGGGCUCGAUUGGUCCGAGGAUUUCCGCUUGGCCAUGACCACUCAAAAGGGGCUGCUCAUUUACACCCUUGUACCUGAUCCCGGUGUUCUUCAGAUGCAUCUCAAUUUGAAGAUGCAUCUGGUGCCCAAUGACUCGUUGGCCAACCCGUACAUUCAUCAAUUGGGCAUCGACAAACAGGACCUGCUUCGUCAGUUACAGCCUUGUGAACAGCAUCGGGUGGCCAGUCUAUACUAUCGAUUUCCAGUCUCAGAAAACGGGAAACCUCCUCAUCGAGGAACCGAGAUCGCCAAAUGGACUCCCAAGCAUGCCAUCUCGUUCAAUGAUCUCGCCUUGAUCACGUUAUCAGAAGAUUGUUGGCUGAAGGUGUGGUGCCAAGUGUCGCCCAACUCAUGGACUCCGCAAGUGGAUGUGUCCAAGCUGUGGCACUCUUACCUUGUCCAACAUAAGUGGAAACCAAUCACACAGAAAAACCCAUCGAGCACUACUUCAACUUUAGAACGAGGUCUCCGGGAUCUGAAAUCCCGCCUCAUGGCCGUUUGUACGUCAACUUUUGCUUGGAGCCCCGUCAUCGCCUUUGAAGGCCAAUAUUGUAGCGUAUUAGUAACUGCUCAACGCAGUGGGCACGUGGUAUUUUGGUUGUCGACCGCUAAAGACCAAUCAGGCCCGCACAAGUUGGAGAUCAUAUCAGUUCUUCACAGUGGGCUGGCCGAAAUCUCGUUUUUGGGUUGGUUUAAAAUCGAAGAGCAUAAAUUCUUUUUGUUCCUCGGAUCUGUGGACGGACGGGUCAAGGUGAUGACCUUGGAUUGGAAAGUCAAGAGCAAGCCGACUUUGACCGAAUCCGGCUUGGUAUGGGACUGUUCGGAUCGAGCCCGAGUCUCAUUCGUUCAGGUGAUUGAUCAUUCCAUCCAAGGCAGCACUCACUCACUACGACUUAUCUUGGCUAAAGAUAGCUACUUGUCGGGCCUAGACCUAAAAGUCAAUGAGACUCGAGUCAAGAUCCACGGUCAGAAGUCGAUCCCCACCGGACCAUCACGAAUCGUGAAUUUUGUUCAUCUUCCCUCUGGUAUCAAAUUGAUCUUCAACGAGAUUGGAGCUCCUCAACACAUCAAUCUGAAUCGGAACUUGCAAUCUCUAUCGCUUUCCAAGUACACCAUGGAUCUCUCCCACAACCACUAUAAAUGUAACGGAGCUCAACUCUCCCCGGGAGGUGGAAUUCUUGCAGUUUUACAGAGUAUUAACACUUACUACGACCAUCUUCUGAUUCGAACGCCAGGAAGAAUCUCGUUUUUGAACCGUGAAAAUUGGCCCGUUAUUCUCGAACGACUCCUGACCAAUCCGGACUUUGAACUGCAACCGGAUUCCGCCGAAGUUCUCCGGCUAGGGAUGUUGGGGGACGAGGAUCUAAAUAUAGGCCAAUUAAGAGACAAGGUUCACGCUUCAAAAGGUCAUUUGAAGGGCAAGUUUUGGCUUCUCAACUUCUUGGCUAACUUGGCCGAAAAUCACGACCUCCACGAUCAAUUAAACUUGGAUGUGAAUCGAACUGCCACCGCCAUUCUCAAGCUCCACGCAACGGACCUAAAGCAAUCUGAUCUCAACUCCAACGCCCAACAUUUCCUUCAAAUCUGCUCUGAGGAACCAAAUAUGAGCUCUGAUUUCGAUUGGUUGUGUCGCUUUUGUGACUCUAAGGUCAAAUCGGAGAGUUGGGACCAAGUGACGUGUCAAAAUGACCAUAGUUGGCCCCGAUGUAUUCUUAGUUUGGGCGUGGCAGACAGUGAGGACUUGCUCAUGUGCCCAGCAUGUGAUUGCGUGGCACUUCCCAACGUGAACAUGCACUACAUUUGUUCCCUUUGUGACCAAAAGAUGAUUAGCUGCUCAAGUAAUUAGGAACAUAUAAUUGUUUAACCAUGUA